AAUGUAAACGAAAUGCACACGUUGACGUUACAGCUCGAUCAGCAGAGAAGAGAUUGUUGAAAUGAAGCACCCCUUUGUAAAUUGAAACUUGCUGUAGUACUUUUAAAAAGCAAGAGUUCAGUAAAAACGAGCUUUAAUGAUUGACAGUGUGUGCGGAUAAGUAGGCACAAUGUAAAUCCUCUUACUCUGCAAAAAUCCGUGAUGUGCAUUUUAAAGACUGAAGCAUUUACAUGUCGAAAGGACUCAAUUUCAAUAGAAGCAGCAUGUUGAAUUGUGAUUCACGGCAAUCAAAUGGAUUUCAUGUCUGUAAUAAGGAAGAAAUGAAUUCUAAUUCCAGUUAAUGAGAAAGAUGAGGCUGAUCUAUUGCUGCAGUGCUUUGCUGCUGCUCAUCCUUCUGUCCAGAACCUGUCAAAGUGGCAACAUCUUGGUCUUUCCUUUGGAAGGCAGCCACUGGAUAAACAUGGAUAUCCUACUUCAAGCUCUGCACUCCAGAGGACACAAUCUAACUAUUGUGCGUUCCAGCAAAAGCUGGUACAUCAAGGAUAACUCCACGUAUUACAGUACCUACACAGUUCCAGUAGAGAGGGGCUUAGAUAAGGAGUUCAUCACAAGAAUCAUAUAUGAGAUCAUGGAAUUUGAACGGGGAAGUCUCCCCUUAGCCAAUUUUUUCCAUUUGACUGUAGGCAUGUUCAGCUCAUUUGUUGAUGCUCACAAAGCUGUGGGUGAAUUUAUAUCAGCGCUGCUAAGUGACAGAGAGUUGAUGAGAAUGUUGAAUGACACCAAGUUUGACGUGGUCCUCACUGACCCCUGCUGGGGUGGUGGACCCAUUUUGGCCAAAUAUUUGAACCUUCCUUUGGUUUAUAAUGUUCGCUGGUUAGUAGUUGGAGAAGCUCAUCUUGCCAUUGCCCCUUCACCCACAUCUUAUAUUCCGACAACAGGAACUGGUUUAACUGAUAGCAUGUCCUUUUUUCAGAGAGUUAAAAACAUGAUUUUACAGCUAAUAACCCAAACACAAAAACAUCUGCUGAUCAAAGCAGUAUAUCAGGAAAUAUGUGACACGUAUCUGGGGCCUGAGAAUGAUUUUAACCAGCUAUUGAUUGACGCAGACAUUUGGCUGAUGAGAGUGGACUUUGUGUUUGAAUAUCCACGCCCCACAAUGCCUAAUGUUGUGUACAUGGGAGGGUUCCAGUGUAAACCUCCAAAACCUCUGCCUCAACACUUGGAGGAGUUUGUGCAGAGUUCUGGAGAGCAUGGAGUCAUCAUCAUGUCUCUGGGGACUUUUGUGAAUGAACUACCUGCUGACAUGGCAAAUGAGAUCGCUGCAGCUUUUGCUAAACUUCCUCAGAAAGUCAUCUGGAGGUAUAAAGGAAGCAGACCAUCCACUCUGGCCAACAACACUUUAUUGGUGGACUGGAUGCCUCAGAACGACCUUCUAGGACAUCCUAAAGUAAAAGUGUUUGUGGCUCAUGGAGGAACAAAUGGAGUCCAAGAAGCUAUUUAUCAUGGAGUCCCAGUUGUGGGUCUCCCAGUGUUUUUUGACCAAUAUGACAACCUGAUCCGACUAGAAGACAGAGGAGGAGCUAAGAUUCUUACAUUAUCUACAGUGGACAAAGACAACAACUUCCUAAAAGCUAUCCAGGAUGUCUUGAAUGAACCCUCCUACAGGAUGAACAUGCAGAGACUCUCCAGGCUGCACAGAGAUCAGCCAAUAACACCGAUGGAUAACGCCCUCUUCUGGAUCGAGUUUGUCAUGAGACACAAAGGUGCAGCUCACCUGAAACCAGCAUCACUCAGAAUGUCCUGGUAUUCCUACCACUCUGUAGACGUAGCUCUGUUCCUGGGUGGAGCUGUGCUGCUCAUGGUUUUAACUAUUUUCUUCUUCAUGAGAUGUUUGUGCAAUGCAAUGUGUAAAUCUAAAGUGAAACAAGAGUAAUGAUUGAAGCUGUUCAAAUCCAUUUUAUUGUGUUUUGUGGUUGCUAUACACUUGGAGGUAUAAAGUAAAAGGUGCUGAGAUAUCAA